AAAAUGUAUUGGAUUAUCAUUUAAUUUCAACCGAAGGUAAUAAUAGAUAAUUCCUGUAAUCAUCUACUAUACAAAUCCUAUGCGUUUCCAAGCAUAUAAAAGCCCGAGCACUCGCUCAUGUUGAACAGAAGAGUUUUCAGCUUUGAACGUUUACACAUUAAAUUACGAAAUGGCAGCACAUGAUGAAAAUCCGGGAGGUAAUACUCCCCCCAGAGUUAGAACUCCCGUGGUAAAAAAUAAAAACAGCGACGGCAAUAAAAAAUUAUUAUCGAAUAUUCGUGUUACUUCCAACCGGGAAACCAUACUUCUGGAAAAUGGUUCAGUUGUAAAUCGCCCAUCGCUAAGUGCUCCCGACAAUGGCCGUGGUUCGCAGAAGGAACGCCAAAUAACCAGGAUGAUGAAGAAGAUAGAAAAGAAUAAAAAACCAGCCGCUAACUCCCCCAGUACAAGCGCGGAUAUGAAGCCCAGUACAAGCACGAAUCUGGACCCCACAACAAGUGCGAAUCCGAAUACGAACGCCAACCAAUGAAUCUAUGCGGUCGUAUAAUCCAAUAUUUUAAAUUUUCUUCAAUGCAUUGGUUUAAUGUCUUGUCUACUUUUAUAAUAUUUUUAUUUUUGUCACUAUUUUUUACUAAUAUAAUUGAGCGGUUUUAUAUUUUCCGCAUGUAGGAUAUUAUCUAUAGAAAUAAUUGUUAUUAUGAAAAAUACCAUUUUUUUUUAUUAUACUGUAUUAAUUUGAAUAAAAUAAACCGACGCAUUUUAA